CUGCUAAACUAUUCACGUGUCCGGAAGUAAAUAAAAUUCCCGCGUACGCGGUAGAGUGUUUCCAGGGUGAUCCACUGUGCGCCACCAUGGAUGAUCUUUAUUUAGACAACAUUGACGAAUAUGUUAACGAUCAGAAUAAAAUUGUCACCUAUAAAUGGCUGAGUCUUACCCUUGGUGUCCAUGUUAACACAGCUAAACAGAUGCUGUAUCACUACAUAGAGCAGCGACGAAAGGAGAGUUCUGGAAAUACUCUGCAUGCAACUUACUUGAUCUCUGGGAAGUGCUUGGAGAAUGGGAGCAUGUGUCAUAAGGUGUCAGUAGUGCGUGAAGACAAACUUGCGGAUGUAAAAUCCAAACUGGAUGUAAUGAGUAGUGUGCAUGUGUACAGCGUGCAGAAAGCUGAGCUGAAGGACAGUGCACCACUUUACAGUACUGAUUACGAUGCUAUGAAAGAGAACCUUAAAAACUGCAACAAGUACAGUGCGAUUCGCUGUGCCGCUGCUGUACAGAUGUCCACAGCAGAGUUACAGAGAGCUCAAGAAAAGACUUUGUCUAAUGCAACUGACAAAGAAGCCACUAAACCUGUUGUCAACAACUGCACUGCACCUGUUUCCAAACCCACCUCCAAACAGCCGAAAGGCAUCAUGGGAAUGUUUUCAAGUAAAAACUCUACUAAAAGUGAAGAGCAGAGCAGUGAGGUGAAGGUGGAGCAGACGGAUGAACCAUCUCUGGCUGAAAGACCCAAAACCAAGGCAUCUUCCAAAGCUAGCACUAUGAACAUUUUUUUCGGGAAAGCAGCUGACAAAAAGGUUCAGAAACCAGACAAAAACAUAAAAGAAAAGGCAGAUGGGGCUCCAACAUCAUCAGCUGCAGGAAGCACAAAAGAGACUUCACCCAAACCUAAACAGGACAUAAAGGUGGAGAUACCGAAGGAGGUUGAAGUGAUUAAAGAUGACUCCAAAGAUAGCCGGAGUAAAACAAAGCGACUGCAGCAUUCGGACAGCGAAGAUGAGCAAGUGGAGAGUCAGAUGAAAAAGAGACGGAGGAUAAAAAAGCCACAGCCUGACAGCAGUGAUGAUGAUGUAAUUCCCGAUUCUCCUCCUGCACCUGAACCGCAGACACCAAGUCCCGAAAAGCACGUGAAGAAGGAGCCAGUUUCACAAAACUCUGAAGUUAAGAGGAGGAAGAGGAGACGGGUACUGAAGUCCAACACGUUUCUUGAUGAUGAAGGUUGUAUUGUGACCGAGAAAGGCUAUGAAAGUGAAUCUUACUCUGAGAGUGAAGACGAAUCCAAGGCAGCUACUGAACCUUCUGAGGAUUCAAGCUCACUCAAGCAGCCACACACAAGAAUGAAUGAAGUGAAAAAGGUCAAAGAGAAAGGACAGAAGAAGGCUUCUGCUGCUGCGAAUAAAGCAACGAAACAAGCAUCUAUCAAAGGCUUUUUCCAAAAGAAAUGAACUUCAUAUGUGAUCUGUUGCUUUGUGACCAUCCCAUACUCUUAUUACUGCAUAUUUAUUGUACUGGUCUUCAGUACAAUAACAAACCAGUAGGUGUCCCUGUAAGGUUUAUCAGAUGUUUUGGUCAUUUGUUUUUCAUAGAGGAAACCACUGAGAUGCUGGGAAUAUCUUUGACUGUAUGUGAAAGAUUUUUGUCUGUGAUUAUUUAAAAAAAAUCACCCAUCAGUGAUCACAUCCUGAAUAUCAAAUAUUAUUAAUAUUAAACUUUACUAUAAACAAUAAACUCUUCUAUUUCUAAUUA